GGACGUGAUUUGGAGAUUCUUCAAAAAGAAUCCUUGGGUAUAUUUUAUUAUUAUAGGAGUCGGUUUCCUUGUGCUCCUGAUAUUCUUAUUCGUGGAAAAAAUUCGAUCGCGACGAGUUGGUGUCUAUGUCAUGCUUUCAAUUGUGAUCGCACUAUUGUCUGUGCUGUUGGCUGCUCUUUUGUCACCUGUUGGACUGAAAGCUGGACUCAUAUCUCUCGCCUGUAUACUUGUGGUGGAAAUUCCAAUAGUUGUGACGGCUAUGCUCUUGCCUCAAAUGAAUCUGAAGGGGCUGAUAGUGUUUAACUCAGUGGCAGGGACUUUUGCGAUUGUGGGAGUCACCUUGAACGUUUUCUAUGUGUUCUUCAAACAACAAAUAAUUGUCUUACUGGCAGAGGCUUUCUGUAUAUUAUUCAUACUCUUCUUUUUAUUCAUUUGUGUCGAUAAUUAUGACCUGAUCGGUUGGUGGGUGGAUUUCAUUGCCGUGGAAUUUACCAUAGCGUUCGUCAUUUGGUCUUGUACGGUCAGCAUGUUCGGCAUUCUCGAAAGUACUUU